UGAUCAAUAAACGAUAAUAUCAUAAAAAAAAAGUAAAUAAAAAUAGGAAAAUAAAAGUAGGAGACUGAAGAGGCUUAUCAAACCAUGUAUAAAAGAGAGCAACGCUUCCUCUGUUUUUAUCAAACCUCUCCGAUACUCUUUCUUUGUUUCAGUUUUUUAUUUUCUCACAGAAAGAAAUAAACUGUGUGUGUUUUGUAUUUGUUUGAAUUUAAUCGUUAAAAGAUGCAAGUGAUCUCUCCGGCGACGAGAUUCGUCGGAAAAGAGAGCUUCGCCGAACUCUACGGGAAACUAAACGAUGACUUCAGCUCGAAACUGAAGGUCGGUUUUACAAAGGAAGAGGAAGAAGAAGAAAAGAACAGAGAUGAGAAUCAUCUUGACAAGUCUUGGUGGAAUCAAGAUGAUGAUGAUGAUGAGAGAGAAGAAGAAGAUGAAGAGUUCUCGUUCACGAGUGUAAACGCAGACGAAGCUUUCGAAGACGGUCAGAUCCAGCCGGUUUAUCCUCUCUUUAACCGGAAUCUCCUCCUCGAACCGGACGAGAGAUCUCUCCGCUCGCCUCUCAAGAAGCUCCUCUUCGUGGAGAGCGAGGAAGCCGCCACCGAAAGGGAGGAAGAGUCAGAGCCGUUGGGACCGUACUGCUCCUGGUCUGGGAGAACGGUGGUUGAGGAAGCUUCGCCGGAGACUUGUCGGAAAAGCAGUUCGACGGGGUUCUCGAAGCUGUGGAGGUUUAGAGAUCUCGUCUCGAGAAGCAGCAGCGACGGAAAAGACGCGUUUGUGUUCUUGAAUCACGGCGACAAGAAUAAGAUGAAGAAGCAGUCUUCUUCUAAUCCGGCGGCUAAAUUGAGCGGGGGCGUGAAGAGAACGGAGAAGGAAGAGAAGAAGAAGAGGUCGGCACAUGAGAGGCUGUACAUGAGGAACAGAGCGAUCAGAGAAGAAGGGAGACGAAGAUCGUAUCUUCCUUACAGACAUGUUGGAUUCUUCACCAAUGUGAAUGGACUUACUAGAAAUGUUCAUCCUUACUGAUUCCAACUUCUUGUGCGACUUUCUUAAAAAAGAAAAUUACUUAAAAGUGGUUUAAUUUCUUUCCGACAAAACUUUUCAUUUGUGUAUAUACUUUUUGUCUUAACUUUGCCUGUGUUAUAUAACCCUCUUUCUGUAAGUAAAAGUAAAACUUGCUUAUCAACUUUUCAAUUCACAUGUAAUACUAUUUGAUUAUUUGUUUUAGAUCGUAAGUAUCGUUUGUUAUUGGUAGUA